AAUCUUGAAUUAUCCUAUGAAUUUACUAAUUUAGUCGCUACUCUCAAAUUUGAAAUUCAUUAAUAUAAUAUUUCCUCUUUAACAUUUUCAAUAAAAAAUUCACGAAAUAUUAAAUAAUUCAAAAUGAGAUUAACGGAUGCGCUUUUGUCCAAAUUACCCAGGGGUCAUAUUUUCAAAGGGAAACAUCGUUUAGUCAAACCAGUCACUGGGUUAGAUAUACAUAAUAAACUUAGAGAUCUUCAAAGAGAAGAGCAAAAUAUGUUUUACCUCAGGCACUCAUAUUUGACACAGGAAGAGUCAUAUGGACAUUCAAAAGAACAGGGUCGCUUUGAAAAAUGGAUGAGGAAAUGGAAAGUAUUACAAGCAGAUAAAUUUGCAAAACAUAAGCCAAUGGGAAGUCACUUAAGUCAUCUUAGGUCAACUGAUGGUUGGGAAAGUUAUUAAGAGCUUCAACAACAAAUAAUUAAUUAUUAGAUUGUUUAUAACAUAGUUUUUAUAUUUACUUUAUCGUCUGUGAAUGUAUGAAGAAAAAUACAACUUAAAAUAAAUUAAUGUGAUUAUAAACAUUUAAAUAUA